AUGGAUUUGAAAUUUUUUUUUUAUUUGAUCUUAUUUAUUUACUUAAAAAAUAUCCUAUUUUAUUUUUGCUUUAAUUCAAAUUUUGAAUAUAAUAACUUCAUUUUAAAAAAAAAAUAUUACAUGAAAACUUAUAAUAAUUACUACAAUAAAUUAUCAAAAUUUCAAUUAAGAUUAAUAUUUAGAAAACAGAAGGAUCAAUCUAUGAUAAGAAGUAUCCCUAGUCAUAUAAGAAGAAAAAAAAAGAAAAAAAAAAAAAAAAAAAAAAAAAAAAAAAAAAAAAAAAAAAAAAAAAAGAUGAAGAAAAUGAGAAAAAAAGUAAAUAAAAAAUUAAUGAGAAGGAGACUACUGAAAUUUUAUAAAUUAAAAAGGAAAAAUGAAGGUUUAGAAGAAAAUAUAUUUAGUGAAAAUAAAAAAUACUCUAUAUUUGAUUAUAUUGAUCAAAAAUUAAAUAAAACCCAAAAUUCAGAUGAAGAUAAUAGUAUUUAUAAUAAAGAAGAUAAAUUUUAUAAAAAUGAAGAUUUAAAUGGUUUUAUGAAAAAUAUUGAAGAAAACAAUAUGACUGAAAUGGAAAAUAAUAAAGUAAAAAUUGAACAGAAAAAAAUUGAAGGUAAAUUGUCUAAAAAUGAGGAAGGUUUUAAUAACGAAUUAGACUUAUAUAUAAAAGAUAAAGAUGACAUAAAUAAAAAAGAAAUUAAUGAAGAGAAAAUAUUUGAGGAAAAAAAUAAUAAUGAGAAACUAAAUGAAGAAAAAACAGAUGAAAAUGAAAAAAAGAAAGAGGAAAAUAAUGAAUUAUUAACUAAAAAAAAAAAAAAAAGAUUAAAAAAGCUAAAAAAAAAUAUUCAUAUAGGAAAAUAUCGUAGAAAAAUAUAUACAUACGAAAAGAAAAUUCCAGUUGAUAAUAUCCACGAUUAUGUUUUAAAUAGUCAGCUAAAAGAUAAAUAUAUAUUAAAAAGAGAUACCUUAAAAAAUGUGUUUGUAAAUACACCCCUUUUUAAUUUUUAUAAUUUUUAUAACUUUUUUCAAAUUGAUCAUAUAGAAAAAUACAAUAAAUCUAAAAUUUUAAACUUAAUUUAUUAUUAUAUUUAUAAAUACAAAAACAAUAUUAAAAGUGAAACAAAAUAUGAUUGCUUAAAAACAGAAGAAGUUAUGAAGAAAUAUGAAAGCAUACCAGAAGAUGAAACAAAAAUGAAUCAUUAUUUAGAACAUUAUAUUAACACCAAUAAUAAUAAAUAUUUAUAUAUGAAUGUUGAUAAAGAUUAUAAUUUAAAAAAAAAAAUUAAUGAUUCAUUUACAAUAAGCAAUAUAAAUAAAGUUGAUUCCCUUCAUAUACAUAAUUACAAAGUAGUGUGGACAAUUAGAAAUGUUCAAGAAAAAUUGUUUUGGAGGUUUAGAGAAAUGGGAAAUAUUCCUUUGACCACUUCUCCUUUUUCUUUUGCUGGAAAAAAAUCAUUUAAAUUAAAAAUUUGGUUAGAUGGUCAUAAUUAUGUUAGUAUUGGUUUAAAACAGUUAGAAAAUUAUGAUGUAUUGGAUGAAUAUAUAUGCUUUUCACUUAACGGAAUUACUAAAGGCCCCUUCACAUAUUUAUCAAAAGAAUAUUAUCAAAAUUCCUAUAAUUUUUGUAAAUUUAACGAUUUAAAUUUAAAAAAUGAUGAAUUACAAUUAAGUUUAUUCGUAUAUGAUGGUAUUGUUUAA